GCCGCCGCGCUUUCGGCGGUCGGGGUCGCGGUCGCGGUCGCGCGCUGCUCCUCGCUCUGUCUUUUCUCUCGCUCGCCAACACUCACGCACGCAUCCACUCCACGUCUCCAGUUCCCCCUCGCGAACCCCAUUGGAGGAGCGCGCGCGCGGAGCCCCAAAGCCACAAGCGGAGGAAACCCUAACCACUCGUUGGUUCUGUGCCCGCAAUGGCCGUGCCGGGGGUAGCACUAGCACGGUGAGCGGAUCUGCUGGGUGAUGGGCAAAGCGGCGUGGGACCCGCCGGACUCGGCUGGAGGCGGCGGUGCGGAGGGCUCGCGGGAGGAAGCACCUGGGGAGGAGGGUCUCGGGCGCCGCCGGUGGUGGCGCUGCUCGGCCGCCGUGGUGCUUGGCGCUGCCGUGGUGCUGUCGGCGCUGUUCUGGCUGCCGCCGUUCGCGGCGCGGCGGCGGAGGGAGGACCAGGCGCGCGGAGACCCCUGGGCCGGAGGAUUCGUGUUUCAACAUGUUGACCUAGCCGCCUAGCUGUUAGCAACAGGGGUAGCUAUUAUGGGUUGCAUUUUUUGAUUGAGAUGUGUGGCACAUUUGAUUAUUAGAGAUAUAGAGCACUUUGGUGGUUGUGUUGGUUGUUGUGGAAUCAAUGCCUGAUCGUCUUCCACCAAAACUGCGAUUGGCCUACGGCGAAUUGCUAGUUGGUCUACUGUCCUGAGUCCUGAAAUGCAGUUGGUGCUGAUUGACGAGGACCACUUUGCUAAUGGAGGUCGGAAGCUGUUUAGCUGAUGUGGUUGCAAGCUUCAGGCUGCAAAGAAUGAUUUCUGAGCUUUGUGGAAAUAAAUCAAACCUUGAGUAUGAUAUUUUUGAAGAGAUUGGCAUCAACAAUUCUGUGGUAUCUGUACUUUCAUUGGAGCCAACUGGGGAAUCAAACUGGACUACUGUGACUUUUGGGCUCUGGCCCUAUCCUAGUAAUUUCACCUUAUCACCAACAGAGUUAAGCAUACUGAGGUCAUCUUUGGUGUCCUUGGUUAUACAGCAGUCUAUCCUCCAUUUGACACCAUCUAUGUUUGGGAAUUCUUAUUCUUUUGAGAUAUUGAGGUUUCCUGGUGGCAUAACGAUUAUACCUCCACAAACUGCUUUUGUUCCUCAGAAGCCUGAUGGCUUAUUUAAUUUCUCGUUGAACUUUCCCAUUGAUGUGGUACAAGACAAGCUGAGUGAAUUGAAGGCCCAGAUGAAAUCUGGAUUAUUUCUUAACGAACAUGAGAUCCUAUAUGUUACACUGACAAAUCUGUAUGGUUCAACAGUUGCGCCUCCUACUGUUGUUCAAGCGUCUGUUCUCCUUGCUGUUGGGGCAGAUAACAAACCACCAUCAUUGCAAAGACUAAAACAGUUAGCCCAAACAUUAAGAAAUUCUUCUUCUGGAAACUUGGGCUUGAACCACACUGUGUUUGGACGAGUUAAGCACAUUAGUCUGUCCUCCUACCUUCAACAUUCACUGAACAACUCAGGCAAUGCUCACUCCCCAAGUCCAGCUCCUCAACCUAAUAAUCAAUCUCCCUCAGUCCAUCAGGAUAACAAUUCUGACCAUGGUCACCACCACCAUCAUCACCACGUCCACCAUCGCCAUCAUCACCGCUAUGAUCAUAGUCAUCAGAGUUUGCAGCAUUUGUCCCCUGCCCCAGCUCCUCUGCACAGCACUACUUUUCCCAGUUGUGGUACCUGUAAACGCAAGAAAGAACAUAGCACUCCUAAGCACCAUUCAUCUCCCUUCAGGGGUCCUCGCCCUGUUGUGCCCACAGCUUCUCCAAAUAGUUAUGAAGCAUCAGGCCCAUAUGUACAUCCGCCAUCAUUUCAUCCAAGGAUUCCAUCCUCUGCACUUCCUAAUGUUGUUUUUCAUGCAAUGCCACCCGGUAUGAGAAACCCCAAGCCUCCCAACAAGUUUUCAUCGAUAUCACCUGGAGCAUCUAUCUCGUUUGCCUCCAGGUUAUCUUCCCAUUGGUGGGUGGUCAUUGCAUCGUUUCUGUACUGGCCCAUGUUGAAGUGAUGGCAUAUUUCUCACCCAGGUGAAGUUCUUGCGUCAGCUUGGAUCACCAUUUUUCAAAUGAUCUUCAGCAUAAAAAAUGUUAGAUGGUCGUCUUUGGUGAUGCAUUAAUGGAUGUAAAUAUAUGUAUAAUGCAGCAGAGGGGGUGUUUGUGGUCAAAGCCGUAAUGUGGCGGGCCCUUGUGUCCUUCAUCCCUUAUGUUGCUUUGUACAAUCAUACGCAAAUCAAUUUAAGAUAUUUGGUUUUUGUUGAGAAUUAUUGUGCAGGAUUGAGGUCUUCAA